AUGGUGAUAUUGUUUGAUUCGUUAUCAUCGAAAAAAAUAAGUUAUAAAACAAUUAGCGGUGAAAAAUUAAAUAAAGAAAAAGACAAAGAUUCUAAAUUAAAAUUGAUCGGAAACUUGGAAUUCGUCAAUUUAAAAAAAGUGGAAAGCCCUAAACUUUUAACUGAAUUAAGCGAAAGAAUUAACCGCGGAGAAAUAAGACUAAAUGUUUUCGAUUGUUGUUAUUUAAUGAAUUGUUUUAAUUUUAUUCGUAAACAAAUAGGAGAAGCAAAUACCGAAAAAACUGCGGAAAACCAACCACAAAUUUCACAAAUUCAACUAAACAAUUUAGAUAUGCUGGUGAUAAUGACAUUGCAUUUACUGAAAAAAGAUAAUUUACUUUGUCCUAACCACAACAAACUUAUAAAAGAAACUGAACCCCCAAAGUUUGAAGAAAAAAAAGAAGAAUAA